AUGUUCAAUCCUAAUGAUGUAGCAAAGGUUUUGAAUAAAUAUGUAACUGAAGUUGAUUGUACCAGAAAGUGUUUAUUAGAAAUAAAUAAAUUGAUAAAAGUGGCCGUGAAGUUACUAGUUAGUGACCAUAAAAGUCUUGAUGAACUUAAUAAAAUGGGUGAAAUAGCAGUAGAACGUGGAAAAAUUGGAAAAUCUGUGUGGAAAGUAAUCAAGUUUGAAAAUAGCAAUACAUUAAAAGAGAAUUUCAAUUUAAAUGUGUCAUCUACAGUAUCAGAGGAAACAAAAAUUGAUGACACUAACACUGUUUGUGGUACUGAUGAUGAACCACCACUUCUGGUGCCAGAUGGAUUUAAUGUUGAAGUUUCAGCGACUCCAGAAAAGACACCAACAAAAAUUCAGAAAAACGUUUCUUUAACUCAAAAUUUCAAACCGUUAACAGUUUAUUCAUCUCUAAAGGAAAGUAAUUCUAAUAAACGUAAAAGUAAAAGUCCAAUUUCAAAAAAUAAUGAAGGUUCAAAUAAAAAAUUUAUUCAAAAACAAAAUUCUCCUUUCAUUAAAACUGGUACUACUAAUCUUUUAAACUCGAGUCUGAACCACAGUUGGUCAGUAUCUGCAAACAAUGGAGGGUCUGCUUCUAAGAAGGUUAAAAAGAGCAUUGAGUCUGCUAAAGCAUUACAAGCAGUAAAUGCAUCACCUGUCAAUGAUCUUACAUCAGAUAAUGGAGUUGAGGAAAAAAAUCAAACUACUGAUGAUUUAGUUAUAUCCAAACUAAAACGUCGUUCUAAUGAAAGAAUACAAAUUCAAGUCUAA